AUGAAGGAUCUGACGGGCUUUCGUGGACUCGUACUGGUCCUUCUUCUGAGUUCUUCUCAACAGUCUCAGGUAAAGGUACAGGUGCUGCCUCCACAGGUAAGCUGCUCAGAGAUUAAGUCUCUGUCACCACAAGCAUCCAGUGGGGUUUAUACUAUCCAGCCUGAGGGCACCAACACUCCAUUUCAGGUGUACUGCGAGAUGCUUUCGGAUGGAGGCUGGACAGUUUUUCAGAGACGUACCGGAGAACCUCUGUCCUUCGAAAAAAAUUGGGAAAACUAUAAAAAUGGUUUUGGAUACCCAGCAAAUGAUCACUGGCUCGGUUUGGAGAAGGUUUACCUUCUGACUGAGAAGAAGAGCAUAACCCUGAGAGUGAAGCUGUGGGACUUUGAAGGUGGUUCUGCUUUUGCCGAGUACGAGAACUUCAGACUGGGAGAUGAAGGAACAGCUUACGAACUGCAUGUGGGGGAAUACAGGGGAAAUGCAGGUGAUGCCAUCCGUGGAGCCUAUCCAGGUGUUGACCAAAAUGGCUACGGCUUCAGCACCGUCGACCGUGACAAUGACGGGUGCAACCCAUGCAUCUUUGGCGACAUUGCUACUCAUCAGUGUGUUGAUACGAAGCGCAGUGGUUGGUGGUUUAGCAAGUGUGGCUCUGCAGACCUAAACGGUCAUUGGAAUCCUUCUGGUGACCACAUUGGUGUGGCUUCAGGCCUCCACUGGGAAACCUGGAAAUCCUGGGAAUCUCUCGCAGCCUCCAGAAUGAUGAUCAAGUCUUAUUGA